AAAUAUUUUCGUCUUACUUUAGUUUUUUCCCUCUAAACUCACAAUCAUCUUUAUUUUUUCAACAGGUUAAGUUUACGAUGACUCCAAAUGACUUUGGUCUUACAAAGAAAGUUGUUACAACUGGUUUGGCCAGGGUAGCAAGAAUGUCUAGCCAUGCCUAUGUGACAUUCUUGGCAGGUAAAGGUGACUAUGUAAAAGGUGUUGUUGGUUUGGUUAAAGGGUUGAGGAAGGUGAAAUCUUCUUAUCCUCUUGUGGUGGCAGUGUUACUUAACGUCCCAGUGGAACACCACCACAUACUGAUCAGUCAAGGUUGUAUAGUCAGGGAGAUCAAGCCUGUUUAUCCUCCUGAGAAUCAUACUCAGUUUGCUAUGACUUACUACGUCAUCAGCUACUCUAAACUCCGCAUCUUGGAGUUUGUGGAGUAUAACAAGAUGAUAUACUUGGAUGGAGAUAUCCAGGUGUUUGAGAACAUAGACCACUUGUUUGACAUGCCAGAUGGUUAUUUCUAUGUUGUGAUGGACUGUUUCUGUGAGAACACUUGGAGCCACAGUCCACAGUACAAUAUUGGAUACUGUCAACAGUGCCCAGAUAAGGUCCAGUGGCCUGAACAAAAGUUAGGACAAAAGCCGAGUCGCUAUUUCAAUGCUAGCAUGUUCGUAUUUGAGCCCAGUCUCUCCACUUACAAUGACCUUUUGAGAACACUUCAAGUAACCCCUCCAACCUCAUUUGCUGAACAGAUUCAGGUGCUCAGUCCUAGCAACGUCAGUGAUCCCAAGUAUCUUCAUCUACAUUUCCAUAUUGGAUCAAAAUCAUGGAGAUACACUGGAGAGGAAGAAAACAUGGACACAGAAGAGAUCAAGAUGUUGGUAAAGAAUUGGAGAGAUAUAUACAAUGAUGACUCACUUGAUUACAUAAGUAAUUACAUUGCUAAUAGCAAAUUCAUGCAAGCCCUCAUCUGGGCCUACGGCAGCGCUAAUCUAUCUCUUCUCCCUCUUCCUGUGCCUCUUCAGUGCGUGGGUAUCGAACAAGAGAGUAGACAAGUUAGGAAUCUUUAUUCAGCUGGUUUUUUGCCAUUUUCUCAUCUGGGUCAUGCUUACUUUCUGCUAGAGGAAAACUUGAUUGCGAGUUUUGUUAUCGUUGAGCAUGUUGGUGUGCAGUUUUUAUUCGCUAACUCACGUGGUUGUGUUACAUUUCAAUUACCAGAGUUUUCCCCGGCAGUGAGAACUAAAAGUGACCAAGCUGGGUAUUUGUUUGGAGAAAGGGACGUUGACUUUUGA